UCGCUUUUUGAAUUGGCGGUACCCGCUCGGGGCAUGCACGGGCGGUAACGGUGAGAGGAAUCGGCGCUUGAAGAGGUGAACUUUCCAGGACAUUUUUUGAGUGCUGACAUAGAAGAGUUUAAACAAUGGCUGACAACAGUGUAUUAACAUCCACUACUGAGAGGACAAGCUUCGCUGAUUCUUCCAUUUUUGAUUCUAAAGUUACAGAAAAUUCUAAGGAAAACUUAUUUAUUGCAUCUACUUCAUAUGUUGAAGAAGAAAUGCCUCAGAUUGAAACAAGAAUGAUAUUGGUUCAAGAAGCUGGAAAACAAGAAGAACUUAUUAAAGCUUUAGAGACUAUUAAAAUAAUGGAAGUCCCUGUAAUAAAGAUAAAAGAAAGUUGUCCUGGAAAAUCGGAUGAAAAAUUAAUAAAAAGUGUUGUUAAUAUGGAAAUUAAAGUGCCCUUUGUAAAGAUGGAAUCAGUGGAAGAAUUUGAAAGUUUGGAUUCUCCAGAAUUUGAAAAUGUAUUUGUAGUCAUGGACUUCCAGGACUCUGCCUUUAAUGACUUAUACAAGACUGAUUGUAGAGUUGUUGGGCCACCAGUUGUGUUAAACUGUGCAAAAAAAGGAGAGCCUUUGCCAUUUUCAUGUCGCCCACUGUAUUGUACAAGUAUGAUGAAUAUAGUAUUGUGCUUUACUGGAUUUAGGAAGAAAGAAGAGCUAGUCAGAUUGGUGACAUUGGUUCAUCACAUGGGUGGAGUUAUUCGAAAAGACUUUAAUUCAAAAGUUACACACUUAGUGGCAAAUUGUACACAAGGAGAAAAAUUCAGGAUUGCUGUGAGCCUGGGUACCCCAAUUAUGAAGCCAGAGUGGAUUUAUAAAGCUUGGGAAAGGCGAAACGAACAGGGUUUCUGUGCAGCAGCUGAUGAUUUUAGAAAUGAAUUUAAAGUUCCUCCAUUUCAAGGUUGCAUUUUAAGUUUCCUGGGAUUUUCAGAUGAAGAGAAAGCCAACAUGGAAGAAAUGACUGAAAUGCAAGGAGGUAGUUAUUUGCCAGUUGGAGAUGAAAGGUGUACUCACCUUAUAGUUGAAGAAAAUAUAGUAAAAGAGCUUCCAUUUGAACCUUUAAAGAAACUUUAUGUUGUCAAGCAAGAGUGGUUCUGGGGAAGCAUUCAAAUGGAUGCCCGAGCUGGGGAAACUAUGUAUUUAUAUGAAAAGGCUAAUACCCCAGAACUCAAGAAAUCAGUGUCACUGCUUUCUUUAAGUACCCCAAACAGCAACCGCAAAAAACGUCGUUUAAAGGAGACACUUGCUCAACUUUCGAGAGAGACAGACUUGUCACCUUUUCCUCCCCGUAAGCGUCCAUCAGCUGAACAUUCCCUUUCUAUAGGGUCACUCCUAGAUAUCUCCAACACAACAGAGUCGAGCAUUAACUAUGGAGAAACACCAAAGUCUUGUUCUAAAUCUUCUAAAAAUCCCACUCCAGUUCCUUCAAAGCAGUCAGCCAGGUGGCAAGUUGCAAAAGAACUCUAUCAGACUGAAAGUAAUUAUGUAAAUAUAUUGGCCACAAUUAUUCAGUUAUUUCAAGUUCCAUUGGAAGAGGAAGGGCAACGUGGUGGGCCUAUUCUUGCACCAGAAGAGAUUAAAACCAUUUUUGGGAGUAUCCCAGAUAUCUUUGAUGUACAUACUAAGAUAAAGGAUGACCUUGAAGACCUUAUUGUUAAUUGGGAUGAGAACAAAAGCAUUGGUGACAUCUUUCUUAAAUAUUCAAAAGAUUUGGUAAAAACCUACCCUCCCUUUGUAAACUUCUUUGAAAUGAGCAAGGAAACAAUUAUUAAAUGUGAAAAACAGAAACCACGAUUUCAUGCUUUUCUGAAGAUAAACCAAGCUAAACCAGAAUGUGGACGACAGAGCCUUGCUGAACUUCUCAUUCGACCCGUUCAGAGGUUACCCAGUGUUGUGUUACUUUUAAAUGAUCUUAAGAAGCAUACAGCUGAAGAAAAUCCUGAUAAAUGUACUCUAGAGAAAGCUAUUGAAUCACUAAAGGAGGUCAUGACGCAUAUUAAUGAGGAUAAAAGAAAAACAGAAGCCCAAAAACAAAUUUUUGAUGUUGUUUAUGAAGUAGAUGGAUGUCCAGCUAAUCUUUUGUCUUCUCACCGAAGUUUAAUACAAAGAGUUGAAACAAUUUCUUUAGGUGAGCACCCGUGUGACAGAGGAGAACAAGUAACUCUCUUUCUCUUCAAUGACUGCCUAGAGAUAGCAAGAAAACGACACAAGGUUAUUGGGACUUUCAGGAGUCCUCACGGCCAUACUCGACCUCCAGCUUCUCUUAAGCAUAUUCACCUAAUGCCUCUUUCUCAAAUUAAGAAGGUUCUAGACAUAAGAGAGACAGAAGAUUGUCAUAAUGCUUUUGCCUUGCUUGUGAGGCCACCGACAGAGCAGGCAAAUGUGCUGCUCAGUUUCCAGAUGACAUCAGAAGAACUUCCAAAAGAAAAUUGGCUAAAAAUGCUGUGUCGACAUGUAGCCAACACCAUUUGUAAAGCAGAUACGGAGAAUCUUAUUUACACUGCUGACCCAGAAUCCUUUGAAGUUAAUACAAAAGACAUGGACAGUACAUUAAGUAGAGCAUCUAGAGCAAUAAAAAAGACUUCCAAAAAAGUUACAAGAGCAUUCUCUUUCUCCAAAACACCAAAAAGAGCUCUAAGGAGAGCUCUUAUGACAUCCCAAAGCUCAGUGGAGGGAAGAAGUCCUCUCAGCAAUGAUAAGCAUGUAAUGAGUCGUUUGUCUAGCACAUCAUCAUUAGCAGGUAUUCCAUCUCCCUCCCUUGUCAGCCUUCCUUCAUUCUUUGAAAGAAGAAGUCAUACUUUAAGUAGAUCUACAACUCAUUUGAUAUGAAGCUUAAAAGAGAAUCUUAGUUUACAGAAAUUUAUAAACACCUCAUAUUCAAAUAAGAAACUGACAUAAAUGGUACUUGUCAUUAGCACUUGGUGGAAGUUGGAAAGAAGAUAGGUAACACUAUUAUACUAUUUGAUUUUCUCCUUGAAAAGAAUAAGGCUAACCUUGUACAUUCUUCAGGUUGAUUCAUGUAAAAAGUUUAUUGAUUUUGAUGUAAUUUAUCUCUUGCUCAAAUCCCUCAUUCAAAGACUAAUAAUUUAAGUUAUUCAUGUACUAGUAGCUUUGCAACUUUAUGUGGCAAAUAAAUUUUAUUGGUGGUUGCCAAAUACUGCUGUGAAUCUAUUUGUGUAGUAUCCACAAUGAAUUUUUUGAGUGACAUUUUUGUUUAUUUCAGCUGGUACAGAAAUUAAGUGAUGUUAUACUACUCAAUUUGAUAAAAACCUGUGUACAUUUCUGAUUAAGUAGCAUGGUCUUGUUUCAGGUAUGCUGUUAAAGUAGGUUUUUAGCUUGUCCUUUGCAGUUGUAUUCUCAAAUGUUUUCAAGAUCUGGCAUGUAAAUAUAAAAAGAUUUGCCCUUAUUAAUAGGAGUAACAGUCAAACAAGAUUAUUUCAAAGUAUUUUUGCAAGUUGAUCUAAUGACAUAAAGCUAAAAAAAUGUAUAGAUUUUGCACAAACAUGAUAAUUGGUAUAUACUUGCAGCUAUUUAGAGAGAAUAUACUUAUGGUGAUUUUACCCACUUGCAAAUCUUGAUAUGGUUCGAUAAUGUAUGGAGUUUUAUUUUGAAAGAUAAGGCCAUGGGUUAAUUGUGGUAAAGAUUGCUUAUAUUCUUUCUGAAAUAAUUCUAAAGUAAGCACUGGUUUUACUAAUCUGUAAAUACGUAGAUAUAUGUG